AACUGUGGUACGUGGCUCGCUGUGCGUGGGGGCGAAGGCCCGGGUCAAGGUGCAAACCCGGCGCAAGAUGGCGGCGGUGGCGGCCAUGGCGGCGCGGAGGAGCCGGUCUCGAAUGGUUUUGGUGCUGGCGUAUCUAGGGGUCUUCCUGGGGAUCGCCUUUGCUGUGGACAGAAGCAACUUUAAGACCUGUGAAGAGAGUUCUUUCUGCAAGAGGCAGCGAAGCCUACGGCCAGGCCUCUCUCCAUACCAUGCCCUGCUGGACUCUCUGCAGCUUGGGCCUGAUGCCCUCACGGUCCAGCUGGUCCACGAGGUCACCAAGGUGGUGUUGCUGCUGGAGCUACAAGGGCUUCAGAAGAACAUGACUCGGAUCAGGAUUGAUGAGCUGCAGCCCCUGCGGCCCCGGUACCGGGUGCCUGAUGUCCUAGUGGCCGAUCCCCCAACAGCUCCGCUUUCUGUCUCUGGCCAUGAUGACAACAGCAUGGAGCUGACAGUGGCUGAGGGUCCCUACAAGGUCAUCUUGACUGCACGGCCCUUCCGCCUGGACCUGCUGGAGGGCCGCAGCCUUCUGCUCAGCGUCAACGCCCGGGGCCUGCUGGAAUUUGAGCACCAGAGGCUUCGAAGGGUCCCUUUCUCGGAUAAAGUUAGUCUCACGCUCGGUAGCAUGUGGGAUAAGAUCAAGAGCAUUUUCUCUAGGCAAGGAGCAACGGACCCCGCUGAGGGCGACGGGGCCCAGCCCGAGGAUGUGGCUGGGGACGGAGACAAGCCAGAGACCCAGCAGACGGCAGAGAGAGAGGAGCCAGGGGCCUGGGAAGAGAUGUUCAAGACUCACUCGGACAGCAAGCCCCACGGCCCCACGUCUGUGGGCUUGGACUUCUCCCUGCCGGGCAUCGAGCACGUGUACGGGAUCCCUGAGCAUGCAGACAGCCUGCGGCUGAAGGCCACUGAGGGCGGGGAGCCAUACCGCCUGUACAACCUGGACGUGUUCCAGUACGAGGUGGACAACCCCAUGGCCCUGUAUGGCUCUGUGCCUGUGCUGCUGGCUCACAGCCCUCACCGUGACCUGGGCAUCUUCUGGCUCAAUGCCGCCGAGACCUGGGUUGACAUCUCUUCCAACACAGCAGGAAAGACCUUGUUUGGGAAGAUGCUGGACUACCUGCAGGGCUCCGGAGAGACCCCGCAGACAGACGUGCGCUGGAUGUCGGAGAGCGGUAUCAUUGAUGUCUUCUUGCUCCUUGGGCCCUCUGCCUUCGAUGUCUUCCAGCAGUAUGCCAGCCUCACAGGGACCCAGGCAUUGCCCCCGCUCUUCUCCCUCGGCUACCACCAGAGCCGCUGGAACUACCGGGACGAGGCUGAUGUGCUGGAGGUGGACCAGGGCUUCGAUGACCACAGUCUCCCCUGUGACGUCAUCUGGCUGGACAUCGAGCACGCUGACGGCAAGCGGUACUUCACCUGGGACCCCAGCCGCUUCCCGAAGCCCCGCAGCAUGCUCGAGCGCCUGGCUUCCAAGCGGCGGAAGCUGGUGGCCAUCGUGGACCCCCACAUCAAGGUGGACUCUGGCUACCGGGUCCACGAGGAGCUGCGGGACCAGGGCCUGUACGUGAAGACCCGGGAUGGCUCCGACUAUGAGGGCUGGUGCUGGCCAGGUUCUGCUGGUUACCCCGAUUUCACCAAUCCCAGGAUGAGAGCCUGGUGGGCCAACAUGUUCAGCUUUGACAACUAUGAGGGUUCUGCUCCCAACCUCUAUGUCUGGAAUGAUAUGAACGAACCGUCUGUGUUCAACGGGCCUGAGGUCACUAUGCUGAAGGAUGCCCAGCACCACGGGGGCUGGGAGCACCGUGACAUCCACAACAUCUACGGCUUCUAUGUGCACAUGGCCACUGCGGACGGGCUCAUUCAGCGCUCAGGGGGCGUUGAGCGCCCCUUUGUCCUGAGCAGGGCGUUCUUUGCUGGCUCCCAGCGCUUUGGGGCUGUGUGGACCGGGGACAACACUGCCGAGUGGGACCACUUGAAGAUCUCCAUCCCCAUGUGCCUCAGCCUGGGGCUGGUGGGACUUUCCUUCUGUGGGGCGGAUGUGGGGGGCUUCUUCAAGAACCCAGACCCCGAGCUGCUUGUGCGCUGGUACCAGAUGGGUGCCUACCAGCCCUUCUUCCGGGCUCAUGCGCACUUGGACACUGGGCGGCGGGAGCCGUGGCUGUUACCGGCUCAGCAUCAAGACAUCAUCAGGGAAGCCUUGGGCCACCGGUACUCCCUGCUGCCCUACUGGUACACCCUCUUCUACCACGCCCACCGGGAUGGCUUCCCUGUCAUGAGACCCCUGUGGGUGCAGUAUCCUCAGGAUGUGACCACCUUCAGCAUCGAUGACCAGUUCCUGCUUGGGGAUGCGCUCCUGGUUCACCCUGUGUCAGAUGCCGGGGCCCAUGGUGUGCAGGUCUAUCUGCCUGGCCCCGAAGAGGUGUGGUAUGACAUUCAGAGCUACCAGAAGCACCGUGGCCCACAAACUCUGUACCUGCCUGUAACUUUGAGCAGUAUCCCCGUGUUCCAGCGAGGAGGGACAAUCGUGCCCCGGUGGAUGCGUGUGCGGCGCUCCUCAGACUGCAUGAAGGAUGACCCUAUCACUCUCUUUGUCGCCCUCAGCCCCCAGGGUACGGCCCAAGGGGAGCUCUUCCUGGAUGACGGGCACACGUUCAACUACCAGACUCGCCAGGAGUUUCUGCUGCGGCGGUUCUCCUUCUCCAACAGUACACUGGUCUCCAGCUUCGCAGAUCCCCGAGGCCACUUUGAGACGCCAGUCUGGAUUGAGCGGGUGGUGAUCAUGGGAGUUGAGAAGCCUGCUGCCGUGGUGCUCCAGACCCGAGGGUCGCCUGAGAGCCGCUUGUCCUUCCAGCACGACCCCGAGACCUCUGUGCUGGUCUUGCGCAAGCCUGGCGUCAGCGUGGCCUCUGACUGGAGCAUUCUCCUGCGAUAACCCAGGGGUGGGCAUGGGGUGCUGGGGGUCACUGUCCUCUUGCCUCAGAGGCUGGCCCGCCCCAGACUUCACCUUCCUUGUCCCAGACCAGAUGCCACGAACAUCUGGGCUGAAUGAGAGGGGUGGCCUUGGACUCAGUUCCUGUGUGAUCUCCUGACCUCCCCCACUCCAUUGCUUCGCCAGUUCCAAGCCUUUCCCUCCAUUCCCUGGCAUCUCCUCAGCCCUCCUGCUCUAUCUCUUGUGUUGAUGCCUUGGAAGAAGACAAGGGGCUGAAUUUAGGGCUCUCCUCUCCCCCAUCUCUUUCCUCUCCCUGGCUCUACCCUGCCAGGCUGUUGCCCCCUCCCCACUGAUACACUGGGACCACCUUACUUGGUGAGACGGAAGGGAUCAAAGCUGCGGUUGCUGGAGAAGUCCUUUCCCUCCUCCCAGUCUCUUCUCAGUCCUGUAGUGAUGCCGCAGUUCUGACGGGGUAGCUUUGCCUCCUGUUCCUGGGGGAAAAUGUGUCCGUGCCUCCUUAUUAAGAGGGAUGGGCAUUAAACUUUUUCCUUUCUGGUCCCCUUGGGGGGAGAGUGGUGGGGGUUUCAUGGAAUCACAGUCACCUGUAUUUAUUGGUGGGGAAGAUGAUCAUGUGUGCCCAGGUUUGGCCUGAAGCCCUGGGUGGGGUUCGGCAGGACCAAUGGGGAACCACAUCGGGGGAGGGGUGGGAAGUUUUUAUUUUACCUUUUGGCCCCAACUGUGACAGGUUUUGAUAAAAGAAACAAUAAAGAGAUAAACCACACAUAA